CCCAGCUGGCCGUUGGUCGCGCGCACGCGGCCUAGCAGCGCGGCUGAAGCCUGGCCUUUUCCUGACAGGACAUCCCCGGGUUUUGGAGGGGGAGAGCCUUGUCAGAGCCGACGGUCACGCGAAGUGACGGCUAGCGUUAGGUUGCCUGGUUACUUUAUCGUCCUUCGCCACCAUGAGCAAGAGGAAAGCGCCGCAAGAGACGCUCAACGAGGGGAUCACCGAUUUCCUAAUCGCUCAUGUGCUGUCCAAAUUUGAAAGACGAUUCCAAAGCCAGAACAUUACGGAAGAGUUGGCUAACUUCGAGAGGAAUGUGAACCGAGCAAUGCACAAGUACAAUGCAUACAGGAAAGCAGCUUCAGUUAUUGCAAAAUAUCCAACAAAAAUCAAGAGUGGUGCGGAAGCCAAAAAGCUGGAAGGAGUUGGUGACAGGAUUGCAAAGAAGAUUGAUGAAUUUCUAGCAACAGGGAAACUGCAAAAAUUAGAAAAGAUUCGUCAAGAUGAUACCAGUGCAUCGAUUAACUUUUUAACAAGAGUGACUGGAAUAGGACCAGCAGCAGCAAGAAAAUUUGUUGAAGAGGGAAUCAAAACCCUAGAUGAUCUCAGAGAAAAUGAACACAUCCUAAAUUAUCAUCAGCGGAUUGGUUUGAAGUAUUUUGAGGAUUUUGAAAAGCGCAUUCCUCGAUGUGAAAUGGUGAAAAUGCAGGCCAUUGUUUUACGGGAAGUGGAGAAACUGGAUCCAAACUAUGUCGCCAUCAUUUGUGGCAGUUUUAGACGAGGUGCUGAAUCCAGUGGUGAUAUGGAUAUUCUUUUGACUCAUCCAGACUACACUUCAGAAUCAUUAAAAAGGCCAAAGCUUCUCAAUCCAGUUGUGGAAUGCCUGGAAGCGAUAAAUUUUGUCACAAACACGCUUUCCAAAGGAGAUGCCAAAUUCAUGGGUGUUUGCCGAUUGCCAGAUGAUAGUGAUGGUAGUGAUUAUCCCUUCAGGAGAAUUGACAUUAGGCUAAUUCCAAAAGAUCAGUAUUUCUGCGGUGUGCUUUAUUUCACUGGCAGUGAUCUUUUUAACAAGAACAUGAGGACCCAAGCACUAGAAAAAGGCUUCACAUUGAAUGAGUACACAAUUCGUCCUUUGGGAAGCACAGGAAUGCCAGGAGAACCGCUGCCUGUUGAAAGUGAAAAGGACAUCUUUGAUUACAUUGACUGGCAAUACCGAGAGCCACAAGAGCGAAGUGAGUGAGUGUCACUGAGGAUUACCCUGAGAACCUCUUUACAUGAAAAAUACUCUGAAGUUCUGUAGGAAUAAGAAUACAGUGAGUCCUGAUAAAUGUAGAGCUAGUUAAAACAUUCAUAAGAAUUUCUCGAUUUGCUUGCUAAAUAACUUUGUGUCCCCACAAAUGUGAUUGGUAUAUUAUGCAUGAAGUUUGAAUGUAUUUGUAGAGAAGACCAUCUUUCGAUAAAGUACUGUGCAGUAAUAUCAAUAAACCAUUUUGUAGAUUCA